AUGGCAGGCAAGCAAACAAGUAGACAGACAGACCAGCACUUAGGGCACUUUCCCUUCACCACUGGGGGUGUGGAGGACAUUGCACCACCGCCGCCCCGCCGCCCACCCACCACUCCAGCCACCUCCCCCCAGGCUCCCUGCAGGACAGGCCAUGGCACCACCAUGAGUGCCCCACAGCAGCAGCAGCAGCAACAACAGUCUGCCUCAGGCAGGAGUCACCUGGAGGCAGGCAGUGUCGGCCACAGAGGAAAGGCGAGGCUUAAGUGUCAGCAGUGUGAUAAAACUUUUAGCGAUAGAAGUGGGCUGAGGUACCACAGCCUGACACACAGCGGUGUUAAGAAACAUGAGUGUCUGGAGUGUGGCAAGAAAUUUACUGCAAAACAUGGCCUGACACACAGCAAUGUUAAGAAUUAUGUGUGUGAGGAGUGUGGCAAGAAAUUUAAAACUAAAGGUGAACUCACCAGACACAGCCUGACACACAGCAGCAUCAGGAAUCAUGAGUGUGAGGAGUGUGGCAAGAAAUUCUUAAGCAUUGGUGCUCUAAAUGGCCAUGCCUUCAGACACACUGGCUUGAGGAAGUUCAGGUGUGAUGUUUGUGGCAAGUGUUUCAAGACAAAGAGUGACAUUGCCCAGCACAUGAGGGUCCACUUCUGA